AUGGCUUUGCCUCUGCCACCGGGUCUUGUACCCGCGGAAGUCGCCUUCCUAUGUGAAAUGGAACUCAUCACAAUUGUUCCUCGUCAGCGGCUAGAAAGCAUCGAUCUUUUAAGCGGAGCAACACCCGCCCUACGACCUCCUGCUCGCGCCAAUAUACCUUUAUGGCUUGCAAUUCUCCUCAAGAAGCAGCGUCGAGCCAACAUCGUUCCCCCGCCAUGGCUCCAUCCCACCUCUCUCGCCCAGAUCGUCCACCAUGAAACUAAGAUCGAGCCCGACGCCUUCUCACCCCCACCUCCACCCCCAAUACGCGCUGACGCCAGAGGUAACGCUAGAAGAUAUGGCGGAAGCAACGAUCAGACCCUCUCAGCGCCAUUCUUGCCAUCCUGUACAGCAGAUGCCCCUUCAGGCGCCUUGCCCUACCACUGGUUCGAGCUCGCCGAGAUGCUGUUGGCCCACGCGAACGACGAUAUACCAUCUUCUUCCGAGGUUAGGUCAUUGCUGAGAGACCUUCAGGAGGUACGAUCUGCAAAAUUACGCAAGAGUACGGAAGAUCUCAGCGAGGUGCAAGGCGUUAUGAGCCUUCGCGGAGUGGGUGCAAUGGAGUUGGCCGAGAGCCGCGGCUUCUUCCUUGGCGUCAUAGAGGGCGUGAGGAAAGUUGGUGCGAGUGCUGAAGCUGCCAGGCGUGAAGAUGAGGAGGAGCGUGGAAGCGGUGAUGGCGAUUACGACGAAGACGAAGAUAUGCUAUGA